ACACAUACUCACUCACCACCAUGAAGCUUAUCGUUCUCACCUGCGUGGCCGCUGUGGCCCUGGCCUCACCUGUCUAUGAUCAACACUCAGCAGAGACGCCCAAAAUUCUGGUUGACGAACGCCACAUAGCCGACGACGCCUCCUACUACAACUUCCAGGUGGAGACUGAGGACGGCAUCACUCGCCAGGAGUCAGGUGCUACCAUCAAGGAAGGCUCUGCUGAAGGCGCCGUCGCUCAGAGCGGAUCAGUCUCCUUCACCCUCCCCGACGGACAGCAGUUCGAGAUGACCUUCGUGGCUGACGAGAACGGCUUCCAGCCCCAGUCCAGCUUCCUGCCGGUGGCACCUGAGUUCCCUCACGAGAUCCCCCAGUUCGUGCUCGACCAGAUCGAGAAGGCGCGACUUGAGGACGAAGCUGAGUCCCGCAAGGCUCCCUCCUCCAGAUACGGCGCCCCAUAAAUAUCAGACGUCUCGAUGAUGACUCUUACAUGGAACUCCUGAGAAUAUUUCUCUGGUAGUCAAUCUCUGGUCACUACAAUAAUUAUUUAUAGUAUACUGUAUAGGUCUAAUUAAAAUAAAGUUGAUAACAUGCA